AUGGCGUCGCGACUCUCUGCCGUCAACACGGCCGACCCUGCCUUCUUUCCGCAGAAUCCCGCUGCCUACUACCAGCAAUACGUCGCCAUGGAUCCCCAGCCCCAGCCCCAGCCCGUCCCGCCGUCACAGCCAAUCCACCAGCAGCAUAUGGCUCCUUCCGCCCACGCCCAGCACCAGCGCCAGCACCAGCAACAGCACCAGCAGCAGCAGCAGCAGCAGCAACCCGCCCAGGCCCUGCACCACCAGCAACACCAGCCACACGCCCAGCCGCGCCCCGCUCAGCCACAGCAGACCCACCACCAAAGGGCCGAUCAGCAACAGCAAGUCCCCGUCUCUCAGGCCGCAACCCCAGAGCCCGCCAAGCGCAAGCGGGGCCGCCCGCGCCUCAACCUCACCGACGAGGAGCGUGCCGAGCGUGCAAAGCAGCAGCAGGCCGCCUGGCGCAAGGAGUACAAGCGCCGCCGCAUGGAGAAGGAGGCCCAGACCAAGGCCCGCCACGAGCACGGGGACGUGCAGCAGCAGCCACAGCAACAGCAACAGCAACAGCAACAGCAACCGCAACCGCACCCCAAUGCCAUGUACCCGCGCCAGUCUGCCGCCGCUGCCACCCAGAGCCCUUUCUUCCCGCCCUCGGCCGCUUCCGGCGAGCCUUUCAUCCACAGCUUCAACGGCCUGAGCAGCGCCAACGGUGGCUUCUCAUCCCAUCACCAGCAGCAGCAACAGCAGCACCACCUCGCCGGUCCUGCCAACACCAUGGCCGUCAGCAGUCACUCCAACUCAAGCUCCUUCUCCCAGCCUCAGCAGCAUCUCCACCACCAACAUCAGCAGCAACAACAGCAGCAGCAACAGCAACAGCAGCAACAACAGCAACAACAACAACAGAACCAGCAGCAGCCUGCCGACGGCACGUCUUCUGAAUCGCUGCCUCAGUGGCAAGACAUCGACAUCAACUUGCCCAUCACCGGCGACCUGGUCGUGCGCACCGAGACGGCCGAGUUUUCGUGGCGCGGCAAGGUGCCCGGAAGGCUGAAGGUGGCCUUCAUCCCGGACGAAGAAGCCGCUGCCGCAUUGGCGGCGGCCGGUGGCGCGGCGAGCGACGGGAACAGCGGCGUCGGCAACGGAGCAGGCGCAGGCGUAGUAGGGCGGCCGAGCCCGUCGAGUUGGAGGAGCGUGAACAGUUCGGAGUGA